AAUGCAUAAACGUCGUUUUAAAAGUCUCAGCGAACAUGCAUGAUGUUAUCCAGCCCUCAUGUUUCUACAUGGCAGCGCAGUUUCACUUGUCACUGUCACAGCGAGAGAGAAAAAGCGGAUGCGCCUCAGACUGUUCUGAUGAGUGUCAGUAGAUUCACUCAAUGUGCGAUCAUAUUAGAGGUGUGAGACACAAGCUCGAGCUCGGAGUGUGGAAACCUCGCAUCAGCGCUUUGAAAUGGGGAGCCGGGGGGUGGGCUGGGGGGUUAUAUCGUAAAUUAAAAGAAAAACGCGUCGGAAAGAAACGCCUGAAGCUUAAAAUGUUCUCUAAAAGGACAAGGGAACUGAUAAAGACGCACUCGAUGUCAAAGAAGAGCCGAACAGGAAGCAGCCCAUCGCCUCUCAACUCUCCAUCACUCUCUGCUCUUCAAGAGCAGCCUCGGAAAGAUGCAGUCGAUGCCGUCACCUCUUCGUCCCAUACUUCCUCCAAUCUGUCUCCCCCUGUCCUAGAAGUCCCGUCUUCCUGUCCAGGUACCCCUUUGGCCCAGCACACUAAGCUGGUUGGCAGCCCAUCCCCAAUGGGCACCCUAAAGCGGCCGACUUCCCUGAGUCGUAAUCAAAGCGCCGCGGGCUUCCCGAUACAGUCUUGGGUCUUCAGUAAGGGUGCAGGAAAAUCCGUCAUCGCGCAGAGUCCCUCGCCGGAGACGCCCGAGACUACAGUGGCUAUCGAGGUGGAAGACAUCCCGUCGUUGUUGCGCAUAGUGGAGCGGUUUGCCAAAGCGGUGGAGAAACUGAAAGAUGUUGUGCUUGAAGACAAACAGGAGAACCGGCGUCCAUUGGCCCAUGAGUGUUUGGGGGAAGUUCUGCGCAUCCUGCGGCAGGUCAUCAGCAUGUACCCUCUCCUCAACACGGUGGAGACGCUCACCGCUGCCGGCAAGCUCAUCUCACAGGUCAAAGGAUACCACUAUGAAGUGUGCAAUGAAGCAGACAAGAAAGAUUUUGAGAAGGCCAUCGAGACCAUCGCUGUAGCCUUUAGCAGCAAUGUGUCUGAGCUGCUGAUGGGAGAGGUGGACAGCAGCACACUGUUGUCAGUGUUGCCGUCUGAGAAGAGCAGGUCUAUGGAGAACCUCUCGGGUCAUGAGUCUUCACACACAUGGAGUGAUUCAUCUGAGCUGGAUUCUGACUUUGCCACCAUCUCCUACUACCAGAUCAUGCACAUGCAGACGGUAGCUCUGCCGGUGCACUAUCAGACGCUGUGUGAGAGCAGUAAACUGUACGACCCGGGACAGCAGUACGCCACGCACGUCAAAGACCUUCAGAUGAGCGAAGAGCCUGAGACGCAUUAUGAGUUUGAGGCCUACUCUGCCUCCUCCAGCCAGCCGUCAGUCAGAGCUCGUGCUGACAGCGCUAACGCUGAUGCUCACAGCAGUGCUGAAGUGCCACCCACCGCUGGAGAAACCGGAGAUACCAAAGAGGAACAGAAGAGAGCUCGAGGUCACAUGACCCACAAAUCCUGGGGCUCCACAGUGAGCGACACAGACAGUGUGGGAGGAGGAAGUGGCCUGGGAUCCCCGACUACCAGCACAGGUGACAUAAGUAAAAUGGCCCGAACGUCAUCGACAGGAACCAUGUCAUCAAACGAAGACACCGAUGAGAAAGACUCAAAUGUGACUUCCUUUGAAACGCCAAAUUUAAACGGCAUCGAGCCUGAGAUCGUGGUGCCCACCGGGCCGUUCAGGAAUGUGGGUCUGUCGAAAGCCGCUCAGACGCACAAACUGCGCAAACUGCGCUCCCCGUCCAAAUGCAGAGAAUGCGACAGCUACGUUUAUUUCCAGGGAGCCGAGUGCGAGGAGUGUUUCCUGGCCUGUCACAAGCGCUGCUUGGAGACUUUGGCCAUUCAGUGCGGCCACAAGAAGCUCCAGGGUCGCCUUCAGCUGUUCGGGCAGGAUUUCUUGCAGGUGUCCGGCAACAGUCCCGACAGCAUCCCCUUCAUCAUCAAGAAGUGCAUCGGCGAGAUCGAGAGAAGAGCGUUGAGAAUGAAGGGUAUUUAUCGCGUGAAUGGGGUGAAGACGCGGGUGGAGAAGCUGUGCCAGGCGUUUGAGAACGGCAAAGAGCUGGUGGAGCUGUCACAGUCCUCGCCACACGACAUCAGCAACGUACUGAAGCUUUACCUGCGGCAGCUUCCAGAGCCCAUCAUGCCCUUCCGUCUCUACAAUAGUCUGAUGGGUCUAGCGAAGGAAAGCCUGGCUGUAGUGGGUCCAGAGGGAGCCGAGACGGGCAAAGGGCCCGACCUGGUGGACCUCGGCCCUGAGACGGACCCUGAACUCUUGGCCCUCGUGGACAGACUCAAGAAUCUCCUCAAAGAGCUGCCCAAACCAAACACUGCCACUCUGCGCUACAUAGCGCGCCACCUGAGAAGGAUUGCAGAACUGGAAGAUGACAAUAAGAUGAGCCCGAGUAAUCUGGGCAUCGUGUUUGGCCCCUCACUGAUGCGGCCCCGGCCCUCAGGGGCCACGGUGUCUCUGUCGUCUCUGGUGGAUUACCCGUACCAGGCCCGCAUAGUGGAGACCCUCAUUGUGUUUUAUCCCGCCGUUUUCCAUUCGGACUCCAGUCGGCCUGCAUGCGCCAGCACCCCCCGCACACAGUCUCUACAGCAGGAAAGCAGCAUUGAUGGAGAAGAACACUGUUCGAAUGAUGAACCCGGCGCUGCAGAGUCAGACAAGUUAGAGGGCCAUGCAGAGAGUUCAACGGGAACGCCUGCUUCUCUGGAACACAGUCUGGACUCGGAUUCAGAAGCAGAUGAGGAACAGUCCAGAGGUGAACUUCAGCCCCCCAGUCCUACAGAGCAGGCACUCAACUCUACCAACGAAACCCAAAUGAGACCACCCGUCCUCCUCGUGAACCUGCAGUGUCCCUCCAGCUCAAACAACACCAGUGACCCCCCUGCCCUCCCUGAGAGCGAGCCGCCCGAGUUAGAGGAAGCGCCAGCAAGCUUGCUGGCAGCGUUAAAUCUCAAUCAGAGUAACAACACCACCACAACACUCCCUCUCUGAGUUCAGACAGCCAGGGUUGUUCCAAUGUGGGUUUUUUUUUUUUUUUUAAAGAUGCGUUUUAAUAUUUAAAAUACUUCAGCUUAGAAUCCUGCAAAAAUUUACAGAUUUUUAAAAAUGGUUUUUAGCUUUAUUUUACAAAAACAGCGGGACGCUUCCGGUGUCAUGCAUCGUAUCUUAUGAAAUCAUCUUAUACUCAAGUGUUGAUGAAUAUCUCUGUUGUUACAUUUUAUAUGUUUGUGCUUGUCUUUUAAUAAUAAAAAAAAUGAGUGAUUUCAAAAUAAUCAGUAUUAGUUUACAGCCAAUGCAAACUAAUGUCAUGGUUACAUGCAAAUCA